CAAAAAAUAUCUUUAUCGAACGAACGGCAUUUGUGUGGCCUUGGCUAAAGAUCCUCGCUAUCCCUCCCUCUCUCUCUCCUCCCCCUCCGCUCUCUCUCUCUCUAAAUUAUCUGUUGGCCAAAUUCUUGGUUUCAGUCCGUCGCUAAUUUGUCCGAGACGAACGUUUUGGGGGCACCGCGUACGGCGCUCCGAUUCAACGGAACCUCCCCGAUUCUCAGCUGCACAGCCACCGUCUCUGUCUUAUUAAACGCGCGCUCUCGAUUUUCUGGUGGCCUUAAUCAGCUGCUGCCAAUCCACUUUCUUCAUAUUCUGCGUGGCGUGCUUCGUCUGGUGUCGUUUAAAUGCUCUGUUCGGUUCAAUGAGAUUGCUCUCUUCCGUUGCAAAUGUCUUCCGCUCCUUCCAUGUCAGUUUCUUUAGAAUGCGUGAAUGUGUGUAAGCUAUCGAAAGGGGACGGAAGUGGGAGAAAUGACUGUAGCGUGUUCUCUUGUGCGUGGAAAGCUCCAAGAGUCUUGACGGGGUUUCUUGCGAGCACGGCUCAUCAUCCUCAAUGUUCGUGGUUGCCAGAUGCACGAAAUGGAAGAAGGAACCGGACUAAUCAUAGAUAUCAGUCCUCUAGCGUAGGAGGUUGGAAUUCUGCUGAAGCUUCAGAUUUUGUAGUUCUAGGAAGACUGCUUAAAUCAGGUUUUCUUUUUGUUGGUGGUAAGAGAUGGCAUCUGCGAUGUUCUUCAUCUUUGUCUUCAGCUGUCUUGGAUGAUAUUUCUUCUGAAACAUUGUGGGAGGAUCUUAAGCCGUCUAUCUCAUACCUCUCACCUAAAGAACUGGAACUUGUCCAUAAUGCUCUUAAGCUGGCUUUUGACGCACAUGAUGGUCAGAAAAGGCGCAGUGGAGAGCCUUUCAUCAUUCAUCCAGUUGAAGUUGCACGAAUUUUAGGAGAACUCGAGUUGGAUUGGGUAUCCAUUGCUUCUGGAUUACUACAUGAUACAGUCGAGGAUACCAAUGUUGUUACUUUCGAAAGGAUAGAGGAGGAGUUUGGCGCUACUGUUCGCCAUAUUGUAGAAGGAGAAACUAAGGUGUCAAAGCUGGGAAAAUUGAAGUGCAAGAGUGAAGAGGAUUCUGUACAAGAUGUAAAAGCAGAUGACCUUCGCCAGAUGCUUCUAGCCAUGACAGAGGAGGUCCGAGUUAUCAUCGUCAAAUUAGCUGACAGACUCCACAACAUGCGUACCCUUUCACACAUGCCACCGCAUAAGCAGUCAAGCAUUGCACAGGAGACAUUGCAGGUCUUUGCUCCUCUAGCAAAGUUGCUUGGGAUGUACCAAAUCAAGUCGGAACUUGAAAACCUUUCCUUCAUGUACACAAAUGCUGAAGAUUAUGCUAAGAUCAAGAGAAGAGUUGCAGGCCUCUACAAAGAGCAUGAGAAAGAACUUGUGGAGGCAAACAAAAUUUUGUUGAAGAGGAUUCAGGAUGAUGAGUUCUUAGAACUUAUGGAGGUGAAAACUGAAGUUCGUGCCGUGUGUAAGGAACCAUACAGUAUCUACAAGGCCGCGCUCAAAUGUAAAAGUUCAAUUAACGAGAUCAAUCAAAUUGCACAGCUUCGAAUUAUAAUCAAACCAAAGCCAUCCCUUGGAGCUGGACCUUUGUGCACCCCACAACAGAUCUGCUACCAUGUUCUUGGGCUGGUUCAUGGAAUCUGGACCCCUAUUCCUCGGAUGAUGAAAGACUAUAUUGCCACCCCAAAACCUAAUGGCUAUCAGAGUCUCCAUACAACUGUAAUUCCUUUCUUGUAUGAAAGCAUGUUGCGGCUAGAAGUGCAGAUAAGAACAGAAGAGAUGGAUCUGAUAGCUCAGAGAGGAAUUGCUUCUCAUUAUAGUGGGAGAGGAUUUGUUACUGUUUUAAUUGGGCGUAGUCUCCCUAAUGGUAGAAGUUCAAGAGGGAAGACUGUUUGCCUUAACAAUGCAAACAUUGCGCUCAGGAUUGGCUGGCUCAAUGCAAUUAGAGAAUGGCAAGAAGAAUUUGUUGGCAACAUGAGCUCUAGAGAAUUUGUUGAAACUAUCACUAGAGAUCUAUUAGGUAGUCGUGUGUUUGUGUUUACUCCCAGGGGAGAGAUAAAAAAUCUUCCUAAAGGAGCAACUGUUAUUGACUAUGCAUACAUGAUACACACUGAAAUUGGCAACAAAAUGGUAGCAGCAAAGGUCAAUGGAAAUCUUGUUUCUCCUAUGCAUGUACUUGUAAAUGCAGAAGUUGUGGAGAUAAUCACUUAUAAUUCACUUACCGGAAAAUCAGCUUUUCAGAGGCACAAACAGUGGUUGCAACAUGCAAAAACACGUAGUGCCAGGCACAAAAUUAUGAAAUUCUUAAGGGAGCAAGCAGCCCUGUCUGUUGCUGAAAUAACAGCCGAUAAAGUAAAUGACUUCAUUGCUGAUUCUGAAGAAGAGAUUGAAGCAGAAGAGCUCCCAAGUACCUUCAAAGGAUACAAACCUAUAUGGGAAAAAAUGAUGGGGAAUGUUGUAGAAGUUUCAUUGCCAGAACGAAGUUCUAUAGAUCCGUUUCAAAUUACAAAUGGAAGCGCCUUGGCUCCCAAGGUGAAUGGGAAGCACAACAAGAAUGUUCAGCAUGUAAGUUUAAAGGCUGCGGGGGAGUCCUUGUCGCAAGGGAAUGGCAUUGCCAAAAUGUUGCAAGCUAACAUUCCAAUGUGCAAGGAAGCCUUGCCCAGUUUAGAAAGUUGGCAGGCCAGCAAGGUUGCAUCGUGGCAUAGUAUUGAAGGGCACUCCAUACAAUGGUUCUGUGUGGUUUGUGUUGAUCGAAAAGGUAUGAUGGCUGAGGUUACUACAGCAUUGGCAGCUGCAGGCAUUACAAUUUGUUCUUGUGUGGCUGAGAUUGACGGGGAAAGGGGAAUGGCGGUCAUGUUAUUUCACGUCGAAGGAAAUGUGGAAAGUUUGGUUAUUGCAUGCUCAAGCAUCGAUAUAAUUCUAGGCGUAUUGGGAUGGUCUACGGGUUGCAGCGUACCUAGCUCAAUGGAUAAUCUGCAAUAUCUUGAAUGCUGAGCCAUUCAUGGAGCCAUCAACGCUCAAUCCGCUCAGCCGUUGCUGGCGUGGUUAUCAAGUUUUGCCUAAAGAAAUCUGAAAUUCCGUCAUGUUUUAGAGUUUUGUUGGAGACUCUUGGCCAAAUAAGCCGGCAACAUAAGAACGAGGGAGGUCUAAAUUCAGGGCGGUGUAUAUAGGAAAGGGAGUGAAUACGUAGGCUUAGUGUAAUACACUUUGUAAAGAAAAUUGUGAGGAGAGAGGACAAUGAGAAAAGCUAUACACAGCGACAGAGGGUUGUACCAAAUUUGCUAUUCAUAUUCUUUUGUAUAAUUUGUAGUUGAAAGGGAACUACUCCUCCGGCUCUCUCAUAAAACUCACGGGAGAAAUUUUACUCUCAAGCAGUAUACGACGACAUUUUAGGAGUGUCAAUAACAGCUUCGACAAUAUGCUGGAUUAA